CACCUUUAAGGAGUUUAGCUGCUGCUUCUCUAAAACCGAGAGGAGCCAGGUGAGGCGGCUCAAGUUCUCCCAUCCACCUUGAGUGGAGGCCUGGAGGGUUUUGCUCACUGAAAAUGCUUUAGGGACGCCCCCAAUAGAACCAAAGUUGGAUCUGUGGAAAAUUAUGUCUGGAGGUGCCUGAUGAAGAAGUACCACUCCGAUGCGUGAGGGGGCGCUGCCCUGCCGGAACUUCUGCAUACACAUUUGUUGCCGGAAGUUGAUCUCACCGUCUGGAGAAGCAGCGUGGGGUUUGACGUGUGUGCCUUUCACAAAAUGUAUGGAUUUCUUUAACUAAAAACAUAAAUUAAUCGUUUUAGUGUCUGUGAAUCAAAGUAGUCAUGGGGAAGAAAGGAAAAAAGGAGAAGAAGGUGAAAGGAGCGGAGAAAACAGCCGCUAAAAUGGAGAAGAAAGUGUCAAAAAGGUCUAAAAGAGAGGAGGAGGAUUUAGAGGCUUUGAUCGCUGAGUUUCAGAACCUGGAUGCAAAGAAAACUCAGGUUGUAGAAACAUCUUGUCCACCUCCAUCACCCCGACUGAACGCAUCAUUCUCUGCUCAUCCUGAGAAAGAAGAACUCAUCCUGUUUGGAGGAGAAUUCUUCAAUGGAAAAAAGACGUUUCUGUACAACGACCUGUUUUUCUACAACAUUAAGAAGAACACCUGGGUGAAGUCUGACAUUCCCAACCCUCCUCCACCUCGCUGCUCCCACCAGGCGGUGGUUGUUCCUCAGGGUGGGGGUCAGCUGUGGGUGUUUGGAGGAGAAUUUGCUUCCCCAAACGGGGAGCAGUUUUACCACUACAAGGACCUUUGGGUGCUUCACCUCGCCACGCACACGUGGGAGAACAUCAAAGCAGCCGGUGGGCCGUCGGGCCGCAGUGGACACCGGAUGGUCCUCAGUAAGAGGCAGCUGCUGGUGUUUGGAGGUUUCCAUGAGAGCGCCAGGGAUUUCAUCUACUACAACGACGUCUACUCCUUCUCCCUGGACACCUUCACCUGGUCGAGGCUGGCUCCUUCAGGCUCCGCCCCCUGCCCUCGUUCUGCUUGCCAGAUGACCUCCACUCCGGACGGCGCGGGCGUCAUCAUCUACGGCGGAUACUCUAAGGCGAGAGUGAAGAAGGACGUGGAGAAAGGCAGCAUCCACUCCGACAUGUUCCUCCUGAAGCGGGAGGGGAAGGACGCUCACGAGAAGUGGGCGUGGUCCAGACUGAACCCCUCCGGUAGUAAGCCCCCCCCUCGCUCCGGCUUCUCUCUGGCCGCGGGUCCAGCGGGGCGGGCGGUGCUGUUUGGGGGGGUUUGUGAUGAGGAGGAGGAAGAGACUCUGGAGGGAGACUUCUAUAACGAUCUGUACCUGUAUGACUCGGUGAAGAACCGCUGGUUCCCUGGCGUGCUGAGGGGGAACAAGACGGAGAAAAAAAAACGACGGAGGGGGAAGAAGGCUACAGCAGAGGAGGAGGGCGGGGCAACGGAGGAGGAGGCGGAGCCUCAGGGACCCACUGAGAUCAUUAAGGAGAUCGUCACUGAGGAUGGCACGGUGAUGACCAUCAAGGAAGUGAUUCCCGCUCCUCAAGAUGACGAGGAAGAAGAAGAGGAGGAGGAGGAGGAAGAGCAGGAUGCUUCGGCCUCGGCGCCGCUGGUGGAGCCGUGUCCCAGAUCCAGCGCCAUGGCGACGGUGCGUCUGGGAAAGCUGUAUCUGUACGGAGGGAUGUUUGAGGUGGGAGACCGCCAGUUCACGCUGGGCGACUUCUACUGCCUGGACCUCCACAAGAUGGAGCAGUGGGAGGUGCUAGUAGAGAUGGAUCCAAAGACGCAGGAGUGGCUGGAGGAGUCUGAGUCAGAGGGUGAAGAGGACGAAGAGGAGGAGGAGGCAGGAGGAGGAGGAGCAGAAGGAGAGGAGGAGGCUGAAGAGGAAAGUGAGGAUGAAGAAGAUGAAGAGGAGGAGCACCCGGCUGUGCAGGAUGGAGAGACAGUGACGGACUACCAGACCCGGACGGAGCAGUACUGGAUCGGAGUGGCGCGGAGCAACAUGGGCCCCGACGCCAAGGAUAAGAAGGUUGCCAAAGUCGCCCUCGCCAUGGCCAAAGUCUUCUAUGAAGACCAGUAGAGGGACACACAAGCCUUUUCUUUCGAUAGAAGAUCUUUUUUUCAUGAAGACUGUCAAAAACGGAUGCAAGGAAGAGUCUGUAUUAAACUUCAUCCGAUUGAUGAAACUUUAUCAAUUUAUAAGUGAACUUUUUCAUUGAUUUUUAAUUAAAAAAAAACACCAUCUAGGGUCUGAUUUUAAGGACAUCUAAGACAGAUUUAAUUUUUAGUGUUUAAAAAUAAAAACUUUAGACGAGGUCACAUCAAUAUUCAAACAUUGAUCUCCAGUCUAUAGUCUAGAGCCGUUCCUGUCUAUGUUUUACAGAUCUUUAACCACAGGAUCAUCUUCUCUCCUUCUGAUUUUCACACAAUCUUCUGGUUACACUUUGAACACAUUUGUUUUAGACGUAGCAUCUUUUGGGUGUUACCUUCCCAUUUUUACGCUUCUAAGGAACCAAAAAAACCCUAAAUCGAGCCUCUGGGUCAGUUUUUGUUGCUCCAUCUGUGAUCCUUGUCUAGUCUGAUGAGGGGAGAGGCUGCACGAAUCGUCAUCAAGGCACCAGGAUGAAUCAAAUUCGAGAAACACUUUCACCUCCUUCCUAAUGCUUCUUUCAAAAUAAAAGUCCCUGAACCCAAUUCAGUUCCCAAAAUACCCACAUGGUGGCUCAGUCUCCUCUCACUGCUACAUAAGAACCGAAAAAGCUUUAUUUAAAAGAAACUUGAUUCAACUCUGUGCUUAGGAUAAAACUAGACUGGAGGUCAUUUUUUUUAUUAACCUUUUUAUUCCUUUAAGAUGAAAUUUGUGCUGAGACAAACCGUCGGAUCUUCAGCUGUCUUUAACUCGGACGAGUCUUAAGCGCCUUUAUUUCACUAUUUUGACUAUUCUUAGAGAGCUGCAUGGUGGUGUUCUAUGGUCCUCGGGCCCCCUGGUUUCCUCCAAAAGUACAAAGACACCCUCAUAAAUGUAUUGGUGAUUCUAAAUAUUGGAUGUAAUGAAAUUACAGACUGCCAACACGUUCAGGGGGAACCUCACCUUUCUCCAACAGCCGUUGGGAUAGGCUCCAGCAACUCCACAACCUCAAAAGGGGUUAAUUGAGUUCUGAAGAUGGAUUGAUGGAGUAUUCUUGGAAAAACAAGAGGUUUGGCACAUUAUUUUUGGCUAAAAGGAUAAAUGUGAAAAACAAUCUGUUUACAGUCGGUGGUUGAAAAGGAUGAAGCAGGAAGUUCCUUCUUUUUUCUUCACGCUUGUUCUUUUUAUUUAUAGUAAAUGUCACAAAAAUGUAGAAAGAAAUUCCCUGGAAUGACAAAUUUAUGUUUUUGUCUUCUGUUAUUCCAAAUCAAAUUUAAUAGAUCAUCAAA